AUGCUGCGGUCCCUGGCGCAGGGGCUGGCGGCGGGCUCGCGGGGCUUCGCGGCCGCGUCGGGCCCGCGCGUGACGAGCGUGUAUGAGAAGGUGGUGUCGUUCUGGCUGGUGGACCACGAGGGGCGGCGGCGGAAGGUGGCGGGGAUCGAGGGCGACAGCGUCGCGCAGGCGAUCGCGGACCACGUGCCGCCGCGCAGCACCCUGGAGCUCGUCAGCGGGUCCAAGGACGUGCACGUGAUUCUGCCGAAGGAGUGGGCGGACACGAUCCCGGCGCCCAGCGAGGCGGAGAAGGCACGAAUCUAUCAUGUGGCGUACGGGGACGGGUCGAUGUCGCGGCUGGGCAGCGCCGUGGUGCUGAAGAAGGUGCACGAGGGCAUGACCCUGGCGGUCGGGGGCGCCAAGCCGUCAGCGUACGACCAGCGGCACGAAAUGAACACCAUGUCCCAGCCCAAGCCCCCGGGCACGCCAUGCUAG